AUGUCCCGGCCAGAACUACAAGCCCCGCCCGAAAUCUAUUAUGGCGACAUCGAGGCCAAAAAGUAUACCAACAACUCUCGCGUCCAGAACAUCCAAGCUGACAUGACAUACCGUGCCCUCGAGCUCCUCAAUUUGCCCCCAGACGAGCCUGCCUUCCUGCUCGACAUUGGGUGCGGCUCGGGGCUCUCAGGGGAAAUUCUGGACGAGGAGGGUUACACAUGGGUUGGGGUUGAUAUCGCACCGAGCAUGCUUGAGAUCGCGCUCGAACGAGAAGUAGAGGGCGACCUCUUCUUGCAAGAUAUCGGACAGGGUUUUGGCUUCCGCCCAGGCAGCUUUGACGGCGCUAUCAGCAUUUCGGUCAUUCAGUGGCUGCUAAAUGCAGAGACUUCUCAUCCCACAUCAUCCCCUCCACACCGACUCACUCGCUUCUUCACGACGCUGCAUGCUGCCCUCAAGAACCCAUCUCGCGCCAUCCUACAGUUUUACCCCACCUCCGACGACCAGAUCCAACUCAUCACGUCCAUCGCGCAGAAGGCGGGCUUCGGCGGAGGAGUGGUCGUCGAUUAUCCCAACUCGAAAAAGGCCAGGAAAGUAUUCCUGUGUCUGUUCGUGGGCGGCGGAGGAGGUUCACAGCAAGUGCCGAAGGGGCUCGAAGGCGAGGAAGAGGUGGAUGAAGGGCAUGCGCUCUUUGAAAAGCGACGGGAGAAGAUGCGGGCGAGAGGGAAGGGCGGCAAGCGGAAGAGCAUCAAGGAGAAGGACUGGAUCUUGAAGAAGAAAGAGCUGUACCGCCAACGCGGGAAAGAAGGCGUACCCAAUGAUUCAAAAUACACAGGACGCAAGCGCAAGGCCAUCUUCUAA